AUGGACACUGAGCUAAGGGCCACGGAGGAGCGAGGUGUGAGCGGUGGGCACCGCAAGACAGUUCCUGGCACCUCAGAGGGCUAUGUGCCACGUGGUGCCACUGAGGCCCGGCGGCAGCUGCCCGGCCCUGGCUUUGCCUUUGGGCCCCCCGACACGGUCACGCACGCGGAGCCACCCAUCGAAGGGCGCAGGGCGCUGGACAAGGUGGCCAGCGCCUUCCAGCCCAUCGGCGCCCUGGACAAGGUGCCCCGCGGCACUGAAAGACACCUGGAGACAUUUGCCAUGGCGGAGCCGGCCUAUGGUUUGGACUUGUGGUCUGUGGCACGGGAGCGGGACCUGCCGUGCCCGGAGAAGAGGAAGAUGAGCCUGGCCCUCUGGGAGAGCACCCGGGGGGCUCCUGGCGUCCCCCCGGCAGCUCCGAUCCCCAUAGCCAACAGUCCAGUCUGCCAGGCGGGCAAGGGAGAGGCCCCCAGAGUCAAGGAGGUAGCCAGGGAGCUGGGCGCCUCUCCUCAGCUCGCGUCUCCGGAGGGCAGGCGGAACGACCUGCAAGAUGGCGGCGAGGCGGCCCCCUUGUCCCCACCCAUGCCGGUUAUCAACAACGUCUUCAGCUUGGCCCCUUAUCGAGACUACCUGGAAGGACCUGCCGAGGUCCCCUUCACCAAGGACCAUGAGAAGGCAGAGAGCUUGUGCCGAAACGCGGGGAGCAGCCCGGGAAGCAAGGACUCUUCCAGGGCUCUGCCAGAGCCGGGUGUCCCCGCGACAUCCCAUGUGCUGCCUGCUGGGAGCAGCGUGGGCCAGAGCUGCACAUCCAUGGAUGGUGAAGGAGGACCUUGUUCCAGAAGAGCCCCUGAAAGCCACAACCCAAAGCUUCUGCCCCACGACUGCUUGGCGAAAAGCGGCCCCUCACCUCAGGAUGGCAGUGCUGGGGAGUCAGCGCCCAACGAGGCUGUCCUGGACCUCAGCUUGAAAAAGAGACUAGCGAGAGCAGGGGAACCCCCGGGCCCUGCUGGCCAUGUGAUGGAGACGUCUAAAGGAGAGGAUGCAGCAGGACACGAAAAGGAGCCACCCAGGAAGGCGGAGGUGGGCGAGGGCGCCAAGGCUCAGCCAUUGCCACAGCUGGUAGAGGUUGGCUCUGGGGACAAGAGCAAUUUCCAGAGCUCGGCCACCUUCAUGUUCAAAAAAUACAAGAUCCUGAAGUCCCUCCCGCCUGGUGCUGUGCCCCCGCGCCCGGCAGCUGGAGCCCCGGCUGCAGCUCCAUCAGGCAACGUCCCCGCGCCACCAAGUCCAUGUGCAUCCCAGCAGCUCCAUGCCAAGCCCCGGCCCAGCAGCUCCGUCCUGCAGGUGACCUGCCUCAACCUGCAGCUCCCCGACAUUUCAAAACCGCUGCUGCCUGGCACGCCAGAAGCGCCACGCGCGCCCGGAGAGGACAACGUCUCGUUGCCCAGUCUCUGUGAACCCCCUGCCCAGCCAAGUCCAUGUGCAUCCCCGCAGCCCCGUGCCCAGCCCUGGCCCAGCAGCUCCGUCCUGCAGGUGACCUGCCUCAACCUGCAGCUCCCCGACAUUUCAAAGCCGCUGCUGCCUGGCACGCCAGAAGCGCCACGCGCGCCCGGAGAGGACAACGUCUCGUUGCCCAGUCUCUGUGAACCCCCUGCCCAGCAGACCUCUGCCUGCCAGUAUUUCACUGCCUUGCACGCGUCCCUCUGCAAUGUUAUCUCGUGUUCCGUGUCCGGGUCCUCCCCAGAGCUGCUCCAGGAGUGGCUGAGGAGGACAGAGCCCGAGGAGGAGCUCAGAGAGAUGCCCAAAUCUCCCCCCAAACCCAAGAACGGUUCCAGGCUUUCCGAGCCCCAGAAGCCCACCAAAGGCAAGGAGAUUUGGCUGGCUUUCAAGGAUGUGGCUGCUCUCCUCAGCAAGCUGCUGUCUCAGCUGGAGACCUUCAUGUUCACUCGCAAGUGCCCCUUCCCCCACGUGGUUCGGGCAGGUGCCAUCUUCAUCCCCAUCCACGUGGUGAAGGAGAAGCUCUUCCCCAAGCUCCCCGGGGCUUCUGUGGACCAAGUGUUGCAGGAGCACAAGGUGGAGUUGCGCCCGACCACCCUCUCGGAAGAGAAGCUUUUGAGGGACCUGGAGCUCAAGAGCUGCACUUCCCGCAUGCUGAAGCUCCCUAACAUCUCCCCAGACCUGCGGACCCUCCACUGGCAUGACUCUGUCAAGCAGCAGCUUGGUAGGUAGCUCAGCUUCUCAAGUCCUUCCCCAACCUUGAGAUCUUGCUGUCCAUGGGGAUGCUACUGCUCCUUGGGAGGCAGCUACCCACUGCCAAAACCCAGCAUUCCCCAUGUGG